UGAAUAUACCCAAUAAAUUAGGUAGUGGGCUGGUUCCUGGCAGACGCAGCUAGAUGACAACACAAAGCAUAAAGGGGAAAUGAUUCUCCUACCUUUUGUCUGUUCUGUUUGAAUGCUUUUGUUCUUAUAGGGAAGUCUACGGAGGAGAUAUCAGGUAGUAUGAGAGACAGACUAGUUGACCUGCAGGGGGUGGCCCCCACUCCUCCAGACACAGAUGAAAGGGGUCAGGGUAGCGAUGAUGAGGGAGAGCUGGAGCAGCAGUCAGUGGUGUUUGAAAAUGAAGAUCGGAUGGACAGCAUCUUCACAGAAGCCCAGUCCCUGAGGAAGGAGAUUGCUCUGCUCCGGAUGGAAGUGAAGCGCCUGGGCAAGCAAAACAGCCGAUUCCUCACCUCUGUCCGGCGGAUCAGCUCCAUCAAACGAGACUCCAACACCCUGGCCAGGGGCAUCAAGACCCGGGGGGAGGGCAUCUACAGACGGCUGGAGAAGAUCAGCAUGCAGCACAAACAGCUGGAAGAAGAGAACGGGGCCAAUUCUACCCUGGUCCGCAUGGUGCGUUCUCAGUAUGUUUCUCUCACCGGGGCCUUCCACGAGGCCAUGUCUGAGUACAACCAAGCAGAGAUGAGCCAGAGGGAGAACUGCAAGACCCGGAUCCAGCGCCAGGCAGAGAUCAUGGGCAAGGAGGUGACCGGCGAACAGAUCGAGGAGAUGGUCGAGACGGGGAAGUGGAAUGUGUUCUCUGACAACCUCCUGACGGACGGGCGGACGGCACGCUCAGCGCUCACAGAGAUCGAGAAGCGGCACAAGGAACUGUUGGAGCUGGAGAGUCGAAUCAAGGACAUCCAUGAGCUGUUCUUCCAGAUGGCUCUGCUGGUGGAGGAACAGGGGGCCAUGGUGGACAACAUAGAGGCCAACGUGGCCGCCACUACAGACUUUGUGGGCAAGGCCCAGGUUCAGAUCAAGAGGUGUGUGACGUACCAGAAGAAGAGCCUCUGUAGGAGAAUGUUCUGUUGUUGUUUCCCUUGCUGCAACAAGUGAGACUGACGGAGACAUCAGUGUUGUUGUAUUUCAAGUCACUCAGAGAAAAAGGGUUCUUCAAAGGGGUACAGCCGAAGAACGCUUUUAGGUUCUAGAUGGCACUUUUUUUUUUUUCUUCCUAAGUGUAGGCUGCCUUUUCCUAUCAAGUGUUUUCAUGGCCAUGAAAAUGUACUUGUUUACACAAGCGCACACGCAUGAACUUGAUGCUGAAGAUUUUCAGAUGUACAGUAUGUUUGUUUGAUACACUGAUUGUACAAAACAUUAUUGAUGUCACUUGUUAUCCACUUCAAUCAGUGUAGAUGAAUGGGAAUAGACAGGUUAGAAGCCUUGAGACAUGGAUUGUGUAUGUGUGCCAUUUAGAGGGUGAAAGGGCAAGACAAGAUUUAUGUGCCUUUGAACGGAGUAUGGUAGUAGGUGCCAGGUGCACUGGUUUGUGUGCCAAGAACUGCAACGCUGCUGGGUUUUUCACACGUGUAUCAACAAUUGUCAACCACCCAAAGGUCAUGAACCCUUUCUAGCCAACUUGACACAACUGUGGGCAGCAUUGGAGUCAACAUGGGCCAGCAUCCCUGUGGAAUGCUUUCGACACCUUGUAGAGUCCAUGCCCCGAUUGACUUGAAGGCAGUUCUUCGGGCAAAAGGGGUGCAACUAAAUAUUAGGCUGGUGUUCCUAAUGUUUUAUGUUUUACUCAGUGUGAAUUUAAAAAAUAUAUAUAUUUAUACCGUUUUUGAAUGUGACAUUUUGUAUGUCAUGCAGCCUUUACUUCCUCUCACUGUAGAAGACACAGUUGAUAUUAACGCCCUUGCCUAGCUGAUGUUAGGAGAAAAGACUUGAUAUCAUACCGCAGACGCUAACAUGCAAAUCAAUAGUGCGAUGGGGUGUUCAAUGUCUCUGUUGGAAAAAGCUAUCUGACGCUACAGGCUUUCAGUUAAAAUAAGAGUGCAGAUCCAAUGCUUGUUGCUCCCACUUAGAUGCCCUGUAACUUUCAGCUGUAUUGAACUUAGGAUUUUACAAGUUAUUUAUGUUUUAUGAGAGGAUAUAUAUAUAUAUAUAUAUAUAUAUAUAAUUUUUAAAAUAAAUAAUAAAUUCUGUAUAAUGGCCCUCACAUUUAUUGUUACAUUUCAGUUCCUCCAACUGACUGCAACCUCAAUGACUCAACUGUAUUUUACAUUGAGGAAACAAGAAUAUGCCUCAAUGUAUUGUCCUGUACAGAGCCUUCAAAGUAUUCAUACCCCUUGACUAAUUCCACAUUUUGUUGUUACAGCCUGAAUUCCAAAUGAAUUAAAUUGAUAUAUUUUCUCA